GCGCGGCGCUCUCGCCGCUGAUUGGCCGCUCAGGUCGCUGAGUGAACGCCCUGCAGAUUAUGUCAGAUUGCGUGCAGAAACCAAACCAGCCCAGCCUUUGAACUUCACCGCUUUUGGCUCGUAUUCACGCUCUUCCGCUCAUUUCCACGCAGCAGCCAGGUGCUCCACGACAAACCUCAGCGAGGGAGAUAUACAGAGAGAAAGAGAGAAAGAGAGAGAGAGAGAGAGAGGGGCAGAGAGCGAGCGCGAGGGAGAGUUUGUGCGUGUGUGUGUGUGUGACAGGAGGGAGGAAAAAGAAAAUAAUAAUAACACUCAACACUUUUACGACUCGUGCAAACUGGCUGCGGAACAUCGCUUUCACCUUUGUGGAUUUUGUGCGUCCUGCGUGUGUUUUUGUCUCACGCUGACUUGUAACUGGACUUACAAGCGCGCAUCAGCGUUUCAACUCUGGGAAAUCACAAGUGGAUGAUUUAUUAUUUCUGUUAUUUCUAUUUUGUUUUUAUUUUUUUGCUCCACUUAGACUGUGAAGAUCCCAGACACGGGGCAUGACUGGUUUCUGGCACCUGGACAGGUGAACAUAUAUAUAUAUAUAUAUUUAUAUAUAUAUGUAUAUAUAUAUAUAUAUGUAUAGUUUUCCUUGCUGCUGCAGAUAAGAACUUUUUUAUUGUUGGAAAAAAUAAGACAACAGCAAAGAAACAAACAAACAAACAUUGGCGGAUAAGAGUUUGAUUUGUGAAGAUGUCAAAGCCUGUUGAUCACAUCAAGAGACCCAUGAACGCAUUCAUGGUGUGGUCCCGGGGCCAGAGGAGGAAAAUGGCUCAGGAGAAUCCAAAAAUGCACAACUCCGAGAUCAGCAAGAGACUGGGCGCAGAGUGGAAGCUGCUCUCCGAGUCCGAGAAGAGACCGUACAUCGACGAGGCCAAGCGACUGCGCGCUCAGCACAUGAAGGACCAUCCCGACUACAAGUACCGACCCAGGCGCAAACCUAAGAACCUGCUCAAGAAGGACAGGUACGUUUUCCCGCUGCCUUACCUCGGUGACACGGACCACCUGAAGGGGCUGCCAGUGUCCGCCGCGGACUCCCUGCUGGGCUCCGCGGACAAGGCGCGCGCCUUCCUGCCGCCCACCUCAGCCCCGUACUCCUUCCUGGACCCGAGUCAUUUCAGCUCCAGCGCCAUCCAGAAGAUGACGGAGAUGCCGCACGCGUUGAGCACCAGCACUUUACCGUACGCGUCCUCGUUGGGAUACCAGAACGGCGCGUUUGGCACGCUUGGGUGCCCGAGUCAGCACACCCAUACCCACCCGUCGCCCACGAACCCCGGCUACGUCGUGCCGUGCAACUGCACGGCCUGGUCGGCGUCAAGUUUACAGCCGCCGGUGGCCUACAUACUGUUUCCAGGUAUGACCAAGACUGGGAUUGACCCAUAUUCAUCCGCACACGCCACUGCCAUGUAACCUUUAAGACUGUCGUCUUUUUAAUUCCACUUGAAAACUGAAAAUGCAUGUAAAUAUAAACAGUUAAGAGGCAUGAACACUUACAAACUGCCUUGGACAAAAAAAAAAGAAAAUAAAAAAGGAAGAUUUUUUUCCCCCCUGAAAUCCAACAAGUUCCUGAGACUCUGGAUGUUUGUGCGUUUAAAAAAAGGAAGUUGAACUGUAAUAAAAUGUAAAUGUUAUAACAUUUUAUGGCAAACAGAAAAAUGGGGAGGCCUUGAACUUUAUUUAUUGUGUACAUUUCAACACUGAUAGGCUGAGUUAAAAAAAAAAAAAUGUGUCCAUGAUCAGAAGUAUAUAGGCUUUUAUUUUGAAAAGGAAAAUUGGCUUGCAAAAUUAAUAGCAUCUUUAUUUCCCGUAAAGGCCACGCAGUAUAUGAGUAUUCCACAUUUUCCGAUGUUCUGGAUUAUAUUAGGUCAAAAUCAGAUGGAUUACAUACGGGUUAUGUUGUUUAUUUUUAUCAAAUAGCAGCGGCACACACGAAUAUUUAACAUGGCACGAGACAAACCAUCCCAAAUGUUUCAUUCUUGCUUUUUUUAUUCUGUGGUUCAGUGCUGAUAUAGUCACAUGCGUCAUUUAAUUUUAAUUUUAUUUUUUAUUUAAAUUAAAAUUUAUUUUAUGUUGUUUUUUGGAGGAUAACUUCUAUUUGAACUAAGGAGUUGUAUAUGUGUAUUUUCUAUCUAAGAUUGGUAAUUUAAAAAAAGAGAAAAAAACAAGCUGUCAUGUUUGGAAAUGAUAAUGUAUCGAGAAGGUGAUUUUACCUCCUGAUCUUUGUUCACACUGGUGAGCGGAGACGUUUCCAAUAAAGACAAUCUGUCUUCAACCAUA